GUUAUAAUUUAAAUUAUGGAGUUUUUAUACAGGAAAUGGAUAUAGAUUAUAACGUAUCCACUGAUUUUGAAGAUGAUGCUGGUGAUUAUAGCAACUUCACAACUUUCGACGAAUAUUUGCAAUUCAUUCAUCCAAAACCUUGGACUUGGGUUUUAAUUGUUCUACAUUCUCUUGUUUUCGUUAUCGGUUUGGUAGGAAACUGUUUGGUGUGCGUGGCGGUUUAUAGAAAUCACACGAUGCGUACCGUUACAAAUUACUUUAUAGUGAACUUAGCUUUGGCUGAUUUUAUGGUGAUUUUAUUUUGCUUACCACCUUCAGUGACAUGGGAUGUCACCAGUACGUGGUGGUUUGGGACGGCAUUAUGCAAGAUUGUGCUUUACAUGCAGAGUGUUUCGGUGACCGUAUCCGUACUGACUUUGACUUUCAUAUCAGUUGAUCGCUGGUACGCGAUUUGUUACCCGUUAAAGUUCAAAUCAACUACAGGAAGAGCUAAAACGGCCAUUGGGGUCAUUUGGAUAACAGCAAUGGCAUGUGAGCUUCCUGAGCCGAUUUACUUAACAGCGGUACCUUAUCACAAAACAUAUCUCUAUCUGACACAAUGUAUGCCGACAUGGACGACUGAAACCGAUUUAAUCUUCGUUCUGGUCAAAAUGAUAUUUUUCUACAUCAUUCCUCUGCUUUUCAUGUCGGUAGCGUAUCUGCAAAUCAUCAGAGUUCUUUGGAAAUCUGGCAAGGCACCACACCAAGCUAUGGAUUUUACAGGUAGCAGACUCACUAAUAGAUGUCAAUUGAAUUCAUUUGCUAUGAAUAUGAAUACUAGUACCGAGGGACAGUUAAGAUCUAGAAGGAAAGCUGCCAAAAUGCUUGUUGCUGUCGUCAUCAUGUUUGCGAUUUGUUUUUUUCCAGUUCAUUUACUAUCAGUUCUUAGAGUGACUGUGCAGUUAAGCAACAGUGAUACAAAUAUUGCAUUUUCAUUAAUUUCCCAUUGGUUGUGCUACGCGAACAGCGCUGUUAAUCCAAUUAUCUACAAUUUCAUGAGCGGAAAAUUCCGUAAAGAAUUCAGAAGAGGCUUCGACUCCUGCUUUAAACACAAUCUCGAAGAUCGUCUUCAUUAUCAAUCGGGAGGAGGAACUCUUUGUAAUAAAGAUUCGGGCUUCGCAUCGAGAACUCAAUCGAAAUACGACUACGAGUUACAUAGACUCAAUACAUCCAGAGAACCGGACACGAAACUUUUCAGAAAAAAUACUAGGACUAGUGUUUUACAGGUGGACAUAUAAAGUAUUAAAUUUUAUGAAUGAGGGGUAACUAUUUUGGUAAAUAUAACAUUGUGUAUUAAAAGUGUGGUUAAAAUUACUUUUGAUUUGUUAUAGAGCUAGUAUUAUCACUAUAUGUAGUGAGUUUCUAAAGACUUUCGCAUAUUUAAAUCGAGAACGAUAUAAUAAACGACAAUAGAAUUACCUCGAAUUGUCUAAUAUUUAAAUCCACAUAUCAUUAAAACGAUGACAUACGUGUCAAAAGUAGGAUUAUAUAAACCAAAUGUGAAAUAAUCAUUUGCACUAUCACUACUUAUAUUCCAAGAAAUUUUAUUAUGAAAUACAUACUUAUGCCCUCCAAAAAAAACUUUCUUGUCUGCUUCAAAUAACUUCAAGAGAAUUGAAAAGCAUUUUCAAUGCUAUCGAUUAUUUUCUAGAAUUGAAAACAAUUUAAAUUGUCUUUAGAAGAAAUAAUUUCAAUCCUAUUCAAGGACCCUCGAUCUAUUAUUAAUUGGCAUCGUUUUGAAAAGACAAUGAAUUUCCGUUUUUAAGAAAGCGAUUAAAAAAUUAGUCCUAAUAGAUGUUUUGGCAGUAGUCCUGUACGGUCUAAGAUUGAAAAUCGAUAACUGAACGCCUUUAGAAGCUCUCCCUAUCAUAAUUGGAUAUAUGUGGUUGAAAUUUUUUUCAUAAACUUUUAACAGAACGAGUCAACUGUUCAGACUAAACCAAAGAUCAUUUGGAAGAAAAAUUAGAAAUGAAUCAUGGAGCUAACGGUUGUUUCGUAUGAGAUUCUAUAAUGAAUACACUGAAUUGUUGAAUUUUUCUAUCAAAAUGUCCUUAUAAUUGACCAAUAGGUGGCGUUAAUGAGAUAUGACACCACUAUUUGAACAUUGAAGUUCGUUGUUGCGGAAGCCAAUUGCAAUUUAGAAAUUGACUGAGUAAAUUGUGGUGGACGUUUAUAGGAAGUUUUUCUACAAAUCACCUCAUUCAACAAUAAUGCAGGAAUCGCUUUGUGCAACUUUUGGUAAUGAAGCACCAUCAGAAAUGACUGUUUCGAAUUAGUCGAGCUGCCAUCUCUAAAAACGUGGAUGCCUAGCACGACAUUAUUAAUAAAAUUAUGUCAGUUGGGGAGAAUUUAUUACUAAAAAACGUCUGGUAAUCAUUAUUCAAGGUAAGUAUAAUGUUACAAUCAAUUCUGAACUGUUUAAUCACUUCUUGUACCUCAAAUGAUACUAAUUUAUUUGGUAUUUGGUGACAAUUAGCUACAAACCACGUCAAUAAACCAGAGAUAAUUGACCAUGUGGAGCUCAACCAAAUUAAGGAGUUAAUUGCUGCGAAAAUUGUGAGGAAAUUGAUAAUUUCCAAACUAUAAUUUUGGAAUAGGUAUUAUUAGGUCCGAAGGACUAUAAAUGGUUCAUAUAAACCAAAAGUUUUGUAGACGUUUCCAACACUCUCUUCAUAAAAAUUAAAUAAAUGAAUUCAAUCAGCGUUAAUUGUCCUCUUAGAUCUAGCUAAAAGUUGCUGUGUUCUAAAUCAGGACUAUAUGACGGAAAUGUCUAAUUGGAAUUGUUUGAAGAGUCGUAUGGUUGUAUCAGUUGUGUGUGGACAAGUGUAGUUAUGGUAGAUUGAUAUUAUCCCAGAAGACAACAUUCCUCUUAGUUUAUUUUUAAUGACUCUCCCUUAAUAUCGUAAAGUUUCGAAAUAAACAGCUGCAAUUAAAGGUUUCUAACAAUGUUCACGUGGCGGUUGCACAAUUUAUACUGACGCCUUAUUGUCGGCGAAAUGUGUAAUGCGAAAAUUGCGCAGUCGUCUAAUCUGCAUUUCCGCUUUCUGUUCGCAUAGCUUCAUUUUCUUUAGUUCUUCCAGAUAACUUUAGUUUAUGUCAGA